AUGCCGCCUAUGGUGGUCACCAUCCCUUGUCUGCGGCGCAGCCCCAGGUGGACUGCCAAGCGCUCCAUCUCAGCUGCUCUGCUCGUAACGCUAGUCCUCAUCGCCAUCACGGCCAGUUUCUCCAUCAUCCUCGCCCCAGCACACAUCUCCGUCGUCGUCAAGGAAGCGGCGAUAACCACAUAUUACUUUGAAAACAACACAGACAGAAGGAUCCGCACCACGCACCUGAGGUUCACCCUGGUGGCCACGAACAACAGCUCGCGCACAGAGGUGAGGUACGGCCACCCCAUGAACGCCGAGAUAUGGUACGGCCCCACGGAAAUAGCUUGGCUCCGGGCCUCUGCGUUGCUGAGCUCUGACGACUUCGACGAAGGAUCAGCCACCGUCAGCAAGAAGUGGCACCCGCCGGGGAGCGACGCCUGCUUCCACUUCGCCGCUAACUACGGGUACGACUCGCAGCACAAUGCCCCCAACGACAACCUGGUGGUGGUGCAAGCCACGGUGUGGUUCAGGUACGGACUGGCUACCACAUUGCCGUUCACUGUCAAGUUCGCCUGCCAGCAUGUAAACUUCGUCAAUGGAAUUAAUUUCCCCAUCAAAUGUGACGCCUAG